AUGGGCUGUCUGUAUAGUAAGGGGAAUGUUCGCUUUAACGUAAGUGAAGACACCUAUAUCACAACAGAACCAGAAACAGAAACAGAAACACCAUCCUCACAGCCAUCCCCACUGCACCAAGUAAAAAAAAUACUGAGUGCCAGAAAGAUACAGGCCUGGUGGCGAGGCACCCUGGUGAGACGCACACUGCUGAGGGCCGCCCUCAGUGCAUGGAUCAUUCAGUGCUGGUGGAGGAAGAUCCUGGCCGAAAGACAGGAAAGCAAACGCCUGGUGAUCCUGCAAUGGAUGGUCCUAGAAACAAACGCCUGCGUCCUUAUUCAGUCGUGGGUCCGGAUGCUCAAAGUCCGCCACUACUAUCUCAGGCUGUGCUGCGCUGCCCGUGUCAUCCAAACAUCGUGGCGCUGGCAUAAUUGCCGUACCCGUGGCUUUUUCCAGGGCAGCUAUGAACUUGAGGGACACAAACUACAUCUACAGCUUGAUAUCUUUCUGGGAUCACAGGUUUGUCGUAUAUCAGACUGCAUAUCCUUGCCAAUAAAGAACUGA